UGGAGUGCUGAGAGAGCUGCUGCUUCCUCUCAUGGCCUAUCAAGCUCUGUCAGAUUCAAUGCUUCUAAUAGGAUUCCUUCAUGGAAUUGCAUUGCUUGGGAGAACUCAACAGGGUCCCUUGAGGAAUACGUCAUUCCGGAUGUUGCCACCUCGCUGCAUCAAGGAAUUGCAGGGUCCACAGGAGGUCACAUUGUCUGGAACUUUGCAGAGCCACCUUCACACACAUGAUGGUAGUGAUAUUAAAUCUGAGAGUGUUGAUCUCAAUUCUUGGACAAGAUCUGGUGGUCAUUUGAUGAGGACAACUUCAGCAGAUAAGAUCAUUGAAUUUGCUCAAAAUUUGGACGUUGAUUGCAAAUUGAGCAAAGGAAUGAUGGGUCACCACAAUAAUUUUGUGAUUCAGAUAGUAGGCAAGGUUCCAUACUAUCAAGUUUUGAAGGUAGCAACACCUGAUAGAAGUUCAGACAUGGAGUUUAACCAGAGGGAUGUCAACAACAGAGUUCCUGUGAACAAUUCUAGCAUUAUGGUUGUCGCUGCCUGAAAGUAUACGUAAUGGGAUCGUUUUCGAUGUUGUGAAAAGGAUUACUUGACCCCAACAAAUAGGAGUCCUGAUUCAGAAAACAAUGGCCCCUCCCAGAUUUCAGUUGAUGAGUGUAUGCAACUUGACUGUGCAGAAAAGGAAAUAGAUGCAAGCUCGGUGUCUGAAUGCGUCGACAAUUUUGGUUACAUAGAAAAUUGUCUCAGUGAAGCAGAUUCUGGUUGUGAUCCCAAAUAAUCAUUCUGGUUUGGGUGGUUAGAUUUGAGGUUGGUUUGUGCUUGGUCAUUUUGCAUGGUGCAACUGGAAGGAUUGGAUUCAAUGCCGAAGACGAAACUGAAGUGUGUUACUAGUCGCAGAAGAUUGGGGAAUUCUGACUUCACAACAGAAAUUGAAUUGACAGAAAUCAGGACGACAAAAGACAUGACAUGGAAGUGUCGCCAUAUGAGUGAGUAAUAUCAUCAUCAAAGCAACUGUAUGUCAGCUUAUGCCAGCUUUAUCGAAUAAUUCUUGAAACACUACCAAAUCCAAAAGCAUUGACGGAGUAGUAUCACCAUAUAUUAUCCUCGAUAAAGGUUCAGUACUUGUUCAGUUCCCCUUGUUUUCUGGUGCUUUAAGCAAAUGAAAAUUCACCA